CCCGGCCGCGCUGUCCCCGGCACCGGCACCGGCACCGGCACCGGCACCCGGCACCGGCACCCGGGCCGUCGGCGGCCGCACGGACACACCGCGAGCAGGGGCCGGCCAUGCAGGAGCCGUUGCUGGGAGCCGAGGGCCCGGAUUAUGACACCUUCCCCGAGAAGUCGUCCCCGUCGCCGGGGGACAGGACGCGGGUCAGGGCCCCACAGAACAAGAGGGUGUUCCUGGCCACCUUUGCUGCCGUGCUGGGCAAUUUCAGCUUCGGGUAUGCCCUGGUCUACACGUCCCCUGUCAUUCCUGCCUUGGAGCACUCCCUGGACCCUGACUUGAAGCUGACCAAAGCCCAGGCAUCCUGGUUUGGGUCUGUGUUCACAUUGGGCGCAGCAGCGGGGGGCCUCAGCGCCAUGGUCCUCAAUGACCUCCUGGGCCGGAAGCUCAGCAUUAUGUUCUCAGCUGUGCCGUCAGCAGCUGGCUACGCGCUCAUGGCAGGUGCCCACGGCUUCUGGAUGCUGCUGCUGGGGAGGACGCUGACAGGCUUCGCUGGGGGACUCACAGCGGCCUGCAUCCCGGUAUACGUGUCUGAGAUUGCUCUUCCAGGAGUCCGUGGGGCCCUGGGGGCCACACCCCAGCUCAUGGCCGUGUUCGGAUCUCUGUCCCUGUAUGCACUUGGCCUCCUGCUGCCGUGGCGCUGGCUGGCUGUGGCCGGGGAAGGGCCUGUGCUCAUCAUGAUCCUGCUGCUCAGCUUCAUGCCCAACUCACCCCGCUUCCUACUCUCGCGGGGCAGGGACACGGAGGCACUGCGGGCGCUGGCCUGGCUCCGUGGGGCCGACGCCGACAUCCGCUGGGAAUUCGAGCAGAUCCAGGACAACGUCCGGAGACAGAGCACGCACAUGUCGUGGGCUGAGGCUCGGAACCCCCACAUGUACCGACCCAUCCUCAUCGCCUUGGUAAUGCGCUUCCUGCAGCAGCUGAUGGGCAUCACGCCCAUCCUUGUCUACCUGCAGCCCAUCUUCGAAAGCACUGCCAUCCUGCUGCCCCCCAAGGAUGACGCAGCCAUUGUGGGGGCCGUGAGGCUCUUCUCUGUGCUGAUCGCUGCCCUCACCAUGGACCUGGCUGGCCGCAAGGUUCUGCUGUUCGUCUCAGCCACCAUCAUGUUUGCUGCCAACCUGACGGUGGGGCUGUACGUCCACUUUGGCCCGAAGCCUCUGACCCCCAACAGCACCAUGGGCCUAGAGAGCAUACCCCUGGGGGGCACAGAGCAGCCCCUGGCCACACCCUCCAGCUACCUCACCCUGGUGCCCCUGGUGGCCACCAUGCUCUUCAUCACAGGCUACGCCAUGGGCUGGGGGCCCAUCACCUGGCUCCUCAUGUCGGAGAUCCUGCCCCUGCAGGCCCGUGGCGUGGCCUCGGGGCUCUGCGUGCUAGUCAGCUGGCUCACCGCCUUUGCUCUCACCAAGUCCUUCCUGCUGGUGGUGAAUGCCUUCGGCCUCCACGUGCCUUUCUUCUUCUUUGCCGCCAUCUGCUUGGCCAGCCUGGUGUUCACCGGCUGCUGUGUGCCGGAGACCAAGGGCCGAUCGCUGGAGCAGAUCGAGUCCUUCUUCCGCACCGGGAGGAGGUCCUUCCUGCACUAGGUCAGGGUCCCCGCCCACAGCGGGCCAAACCACUGGCCGCAGGGCCUCUCCGCUGGCCAGGAGCCUGCACACCAAGGCCGGGAGGCGGCAGCCGCGCGCCAUCAGACGGAGCACAGGAGGACAGGACAACAGCAGGACGGACCCCCACAGGUGUGCAUUCUGGCUCCCGUCAGGCACCACCUCUACCAGCCUGGGUCCCAGCUCAGGCGGCCUGCCGUGUUGCCGCUCAUCUGCUAAGACCUGCUGGGGCAGAAGAGGCAGCCACGGGCCACAGGGCAGCACACGGCCCAUGGGCCAGGACAAGGCCCUGCUGGGUGACCUGGGGCCCGGUUCCUUACUCGUACACAGAGGACACCCCCACAGAGGACUGUAACCAGGAGAGACGUGGGGCAGGCACACGGGGCCAUCAUCACACCGUUUUGUUCUGAUCCUCUGAGUUACCACAGAACGACUUGACUCCGGGAAGGAAGACAGAUCUGCACUUCUGAAGGCUUGUGGCUGCACUGGGGAACAUUCUGGACUCCACCCAGGCCAGGGCACAAGACCCAGCACAGACACUUCCUCCUGCACCCACUUGGCCUCUGGAAAUAUGGGACUCUUCAGCGCUCCCAUCUGCAAACCACGUUCACCCCAUUUGUAAAAAUAAAUCAGGCUCUCGGCCUUGGAGUAGAAGGUUGGGGUCUGCUGCAGGUGGGGGUGCCUCCCAGCAGCCAGGUUUGGCUAGACCCAAACUCCAGGCCAAGGCCGCCAGGGCCUGCUGCCCCAGGCAAGGCCCUCUUUGUGGCCACCCCCUUCCUGUCCACAGUAAGGCAGCAAGGAGGGGCGAGGUGGCCAGUGAGGGAGAGCCUGGCUCUGCCCCUCAGGCCCUGGCCCUUACCAGCUAUGUGACCUGGGCAAGCCACUUCCCUGGUUUGAGAUGCCAUGAACCGGACUGGGAUCGAGCCAGGAGCACAGAAUGUCCUCAAUAAAAUGGCACUUACUCCCAGGC